AUGUCUCCCUCAAUUGCUAUCAAUAACACCACCCCGGAGGUGGCCAUUGACCACACCACUCCCGCAGUUUCAGAGUCCACCCAACCUUCCGUCGUCGGCCGUACAAAUGACCUCUUCUCCCUCGGCAACCGCACAAUCGUGAUUACUGGUGGAGGCCGCGGUCUUGGAAUUGUCCUUGCUGGUGCCGUCGUCGAAGCUGGCGGUGAUGUCGUUUGCCUUGACCUUCUUCCCGAACCUAGCGCAGAAGAAUGGGCCUCCGUGCAGAAGCUGGCUGCGGCCCGUGGCCUGAAAGCCACAUACAUCAAGUGCGACAUUACAGAUGAGCAGUCGACGGAGCAGGUCCUCAAGCAAGUUGCCGCCGAUGCAAUGAGCCGGGGUAUGCCCCUUCGCGGAGCAGUGACCUGUGCUGGUAUUCAACAAAUGGUGCCUGCCUUGGAAUACCCAGUUGAUAUGUGGAAAAAGAUGUUGGAUGUGAACGUGAUCGGAACAUUUAUUCCCGCGAAGCACUGCGCCCGCAUCUUCAAGGAGCAGAACAUCCCAGGCAGCAUUGUCAUGAUUGCUUCCAUGUCGGGCCAAAUUGCCAAUCGGGGAUUGACUUGCACCGCAUACAACUCCUCCAAGGCCGCAGUGCACCAAAUGUGCCGCUCGGUGGCGCAGGAAUGGGGUCAGUACGGCAUCCGUGUGAACACUCUAUCCGCAGGUUACAUCCGCACAGCAAUGACCGAUGCUCUUCUUCAAGAAAAGCCCGAAGUCGAGGAGACCUGGAUGCGCGGUGCGCUACUAGGCCGUCUUGGUGUCCCAGAAGACUUCAAGGCACCGACAGUAUAUAUGCUUGCUGAUGGCAGCGGGUUUAUGACGGGUACAGAUUUGAGAGUGGAUGGUGGACAUUGUGCUUCUGCUUGA